AUGUCUCUUUCUCUCUACUUCCAUAUACUUAAAUUCAGCUUUCCCAAUUGGAAUGAAAACGCAAUACAAUUCCUAAUAAAUGGUCUCUGUCCCCUGCGGCACGCAGAAGGGCAUGCUCCGGCGAGACAGAGUAGCUCCGGCGACGACUACUACGGUUUCUCCGCAGAAGGGCUGUUAACGGAAGCUGUCGACUGUCUCAAACCGGCGAAAAUGGCGGCCCAGUCGCCGCCGCCGGUGGAAGACUCUGUAAAACUCAAGUUGUUCGUGGGGACAUGGAACGUUGGUGGCAAAUCGCCCCACGAUGGAUUGAACUUGAAAGAUUGGUUGCGAUCCCCUUCUCCUUCUGAUGUUUACGUUCUUGGGUUCCAGGAAAUUGUACCGUUAAACGCCGGCAACGUACUGGGCCCGGAAGACAGUGGGCCGGCGACGAAAUGGCUGUCCCUGAUCAGGCAGGCACUGAACGGGACCAAGUCGGAUGAAGAGCUCUGUCAGUACUAUGCCGCCGCCGUCGAGCACAAGUGCGGAGCUUCGCCUCGCCCGAGGCCCGAUCAGAUGGUGAAACAGAGGCUGAGCUUCUCCGACUUGAUCUCCAUAGAGGACGAGCUCGGAAGAGAAGAUUUCCAACGAUUUGUGGCCUUGAAUUCGAACAUGGGAUCUGAAGCCCUGCCUAGCCCGAGAACGAAUCUAAGUGGCGCCGCCGGCGACGAUCCACGGUACCGGCUGAUGGUCAGCAAACAGAUGGUCGGGAUCUUUCUUUGUGUGUGGGUUCGUGCUGAUCUGAAUGAACACAUAAGCAAUUUGAAGGUCUCAUGUGUCGGUCGUGGCAUUAUGGGAUACCUUGGAAAUAAGGGCUCGAUAUCGAUAAGUAUGACGAUCUACCAGACGACGUUUUGUUUCGUGUGCACGCAUUUAGCUUCCGGGGAAAAAGAAGGAGACGAAGUCAGAAGGAAUUCCGAUGUCUGUGAGAUAUUGAAGAAAACCAGAUUCAACAAUCACUCCUAUGUUCCAAAAUUUUGCAGCAACAUCGUUUGGCUUGGAGACUUGAACUACCGGCUUGCAACUACCCAUGUAGAAACAUGUGAAUUGCUAGAGAGGAAUGAUUGGGAAGCACUCUUAGAGAAAGAUCAGCUGAAGUUAGAGCAGAAGGCAGGGAGAAUAUUCUCAGGAUGGGAAGAAGGGAGCAUACACUUUGCUCCGACGUACAAGUACCUAAUAGAUUCCGACUACUAUGUCGCCCAGGCUUGUAAGUCGAAAGACAAGCUGCGGAUUCCGGCAUGGUGCGAUCGAAUAUUGUGGAAAGGUGAAGCACUGAAACAACAAUGGUAUAUUAGAGGCGAAUCCAAGUUCUCUGACCACAGACCCGUUUCCUCAUCGUUCGUGGUCAACGUGAGGGCAAAAGAAAGUAAUGUUAAAAAGAAACUUGUCAAAUCGUCGUCGUCGUGUCGCAAACCUUCCUCCAGGUUUUGCCCAACAAAGUCGUCGCCGAGCACCAUUCUUCCCGGCGUGGCAAAAAUUCAGGCGGAAGAGCUACUUGUGAUUCCGGCGACGGCCGGCCCUCGGCUGUCGUUUUGUCGCCCGAAUCAAGGAUUUUGGAUGGGGAAAAGUGUUGGUUGUGUAAAUAGUGGAGAUGAUAACGAGGAUCCUUCUAGAAGUGAUGCUAAGCGUUCUCAUCAGUGGAUCAUGGAUGCUGCUGAGGCAGAGCUGUUUCCCAACAAGAAGCAGGCAGUAGGAAUUCCAACCCAUAAUUUGUUUACAGGACUGUUGACGUCAAAUAUUCCUCCCUGGGGCAAUCCUUCUAGUUUCCAGUCAAUCACUGGCCAGUUCACUGACCGGUUGUUUGAUCCUGAGCCCUCUAGGACAUCCAAUUUCGAUGAGAGAAACAUUGCAUCCGUUAGCUCAGAGAAAUUUGACGGGGAUAAGAGGAAGAUAGAAGAUGAUCCCUUCGGAAACACUUCUUCAUUUGGUUUGUCCAUGUCUCAUACACUAGAAGAUCAGCGUUCUGGCAUAAACUAUAGUGGGAUCAGAAAAGUGAAAGUCAGCCAGGUCAAAGAGUCUGAGGGUCUCAUGCCUGUGUCCCUUGACAAUGCUUAUAGUAGGGUAGACUGUAGCAAUUUAGGAACUGGUGAUGCAUAUGAGAAAAGAGAUGACGCUUCAAUGUCCAUGUGUCUUGCUUACCCAAAAGCAGAUGGAAGCAUAAUGUCGGUUGGUGAAUCCUUUGGCCAGGACCAUAGUGGUGCCUUCAUAUCAAUGGGACAUGCCUACAGUAAAGGGGAAGACAACAACUUGUCAGUCAAUCAAUCAUACAAAGAGACCAAUGAAUCUCUUGUAAUGGGUCAUGGGUUUCCCAAGGCUGAGAACAAUAAUCUUGUUACAAUGCCACCACAAGCCUACACUAAGGUAGAGGAGAACAACAUUGCGAUUGCGGGGAACAUGUACAGCGGUGGAGGAAACGAGAGUAAUAUCUCCUCAAUGGGUCAGUGGUACAACAGCGGUGACAUGAGCUGUUUGUCGAUGGGUCAGUCUUAUAGCAAGGGAGAGAGCACCAUAAUAUCAUUUGGUGGUUAUGAUGAGGAUGAUUCAAACACUUCUGGGCGUCUAUUAUCCAGUUAUGAACUGUUGAGUCAAACUUCAAUCCAAGGAUUGGAUGCAGCAAGUGGAAAAGAGUUGGGUAAAUCAAGCUUUGGUGCCCUUGUGUCUUCAGCUCGGGGAGCAACUGCCUCUGGAACUGGAAGCGAUUCUAAGAAGAAAGAUGAUGCAAAAGCAUCAAAGAAAGCUCCUCCUAACAACUUUCCUUCGAAUGUCAGAAGUUUGCUUUCUACUGGAAUACUUGAUGGAUGUCCUGUGAAGUAUGUUGCUUGGUCACGAGAGAAGGAGCUCCGUGGAAUCAUAAGUGGUACAGGCUACCUAUGUAGUUGUCAGUCAUGCAAUCUUUCCAAGGUGAUCAAUGCAUUUGAAUUUGAGAGGCAUGCUAAUUGCAAAACAAAGCACCCAAAUAAUCACAUCUAUUUUGACAACGGUAAGACAAUCUAUGGGGUUGUCCAGGAGCUAAGGAGCACACCACAGCACAUGCUGUUUGAUGUUAUCCAGACAAUCACUGGUUGUGCUAUCAAUCAGAAGUCAUUCCGUCUUUGGAAAGAAUCGUUUCUGGCUGCAACUCGUGAGCUUCAACGUAUAUAUGGGAAGGAUGAAAUGAAACCCCAUGUGAUACAGCAAUAGAUGUGAUUUAAGGUUGAAUUAGCAGCUUGUUUUUUGUGCAUAAAAGGUGGUCUCUCUUCCUAUGGCAAAUGUUUUCUCUCGCUUCCCACCUACUGAAGGCUGGCCGGCGGCCAGUGGAUGUUUUGCAAUAUGUGGGAGAUUAGUUAUGGUGGUGGGACUAAGCUGGGUGAAGCUGGUGGUGGGUCACAGGACCUUUCCUAACCUGCGGGUUUUGAUAUGUAUGACAGUGGGGGGUAUAUGCCCCAUUCUCUUAAAAGGGUAAAAUGGAAUUUGAACAUGUGGUGGUAUUUUGCUUUGGGGUGGAAGUUUGUGCAAUAUUUUUGUAGUUAUAUCGCCAUUCUUCCCAUGAUGUUUGAGUCUGUAUUAUAUCACUACUAUUGCAGGAUGCUUCUUUGUAUUGUAUCAGUUAAUGGAAAAUGAUGUCCAGUAUAUAUGUCUGGAUUGAUUCAGUCUGCCGGGCAAAUGGGACUCCAAUCUCGGUAGGUAAACUGGCCUACCAAAAGUAC